AUGACACAGUCAGAAGAUUUUGUGACAUAUGCAGGGAGAAUCAACCUAGAGGCUGAGCGGUUCAAACUAAAGGAAAUCUCAAUGGACCAGUUCAAAUGUUUGUUAUUUGUCAGUGGAUUACAGUCAUCCGCCGAUGCAGAAUUACGCAAUCGUAUACUGUUGCAAAAUGAAAAGUCCCCGGAUCUUACUCUGCACAACAUAACAGAAGAAUGCCAACGGAUCAAAAUCAUAAAAAUGGACUCCGCAUUGAUAGCGAAGUGUUCGGAAUACAAUAACGUGAAUCGCUUACAAGUUUCACCGAACAAACGAAAAGCUUGUAAUGCACCAAUCAACUCCAAAUCUAGACCACCCACAGCAUGCUGGAAAUGUGGGGACUGGCAUUUUGUGAAAUACUGUCCAUAUGCCAACGAAUAUGUGAUGUGUGGUAAAAAUGGGACGUAA